CCAAGGCCAGGGGCAGGUUACAGACUGUAUAGCACUGCCAUUAACAUUGGAAGCCUUGCAGACUGCUCCUAGCUAGCUGGCUGCGGUUAUGGAUUAUGAUACAAAUGUCGCUGAGUUCAUCUACAAUGACACUGACUGGUGCUAUGACUACAACUCUUGUAUCUUUGAGUAUAGACCCUGUGAGAUGGAUUCUGUGCAUGAUGACCUACGCUACACUGCACCCAGUGCCUCCUGGGUCCUCACUGCAUCCAUUCUUGUCUUCUUCAUGAAAGCAGGGUUCAUGCUAUUGGAGGUGGCCUUUGCUAGAGAUCAGAAGGAGAGGAGAUAUGUGGUGGUGCUUAAACACCAAGAUGCAUUUGCCAGUGCCUUUGGGUUCUUCCUGAUUGGGUUUGAUCUCAUUUCAUACUACAGCACUCCUCAGGAUAUUCCCACCCAAUUCUUCGGUAUAACGGACCCUGUUCUGUGGUUCUUCAAGUUCACCUUUGCCAGCAAUGCAGCCACUAUUGUGGGAGGUUGCCUAGUAACCAACCCCUACAAGUUGAGGAUGCCAGCUGCCUUUGUCAGUGCAUUUGUUAUCAGCGGUAUCAUCCACCCUAUAGUGGCUAGGAUCAUCUGGUCAGACGACUGCAACACUCUCUCUCCCUAUCGCUUCUGUGAUUAUGGUCCUUACCAUCCCUCUACUAAUAAGCCAGACUGUGGUUAUAACUGCACAGCCUCCCUCACUAGUUUAGGGGACAGAAUAUAUGUGCUCGACUUUGCAGGAGGUGGUGCAGUACAUCUCAUAGGGGGUAUGUGUGGUUUAAUGGUGUGUCUGUUUGCCAAGUAUCAAGACUGGAAGGACAACAAGAGACUCCGCCCACCGAGGAGAGGCAGGGAUGAUAGUCAGCAGGCAAGUCAGUUAAUGGACCCACCAGCUAAAGGGGCAGAGAUGGCAGAGAGAGUCAAGGAACCAGGGAGCUUCUGGACAUGGAUGUACCCAGUGCAUGGUGGAGAUGAGGCCAUUUCUGAGGCUGCAUUGGGUGUCUUCAUUCUCUGGUUUUGUUGGUUUGCCUUCAACUGUGGUUCCACUGAGAGCAUUGAGGUUGGUCGCAAACUCAAGCCAGGCAAUGAUGGCUGGAGCACAGUGUACCCCUUCUAUGGUGUCACAUCCAUCAUAGCUGUCAACAUGAUCAUGGCUGGAGCCUCAGGAGGUAUCACAGCCAUCGUCAUUGCAGUCUGGGCACAGGUCCGGUAUCGCACUGAGUCAGUGAAUGCCAAUGAGAUAGCUAAUGGCGUCCUCUCUGCUCUCGUGUCCAUCACCUCAGGCUGUGCAUUCGUCGACUACUGGGCAGCCUGUCUCAUCGGAAGUAUUGGUGUGAUUCUCUACCACGUUGGCUGCUUCAUAGAGUACAAGACUGGAAUCAAAGACACCGCUCGAGUGGUCCCAGUACACGGACUCUGUGGUCUGUGGAGUCUGAUAGCGACGGGAGUGUUCAUAUACCCUGGUGUCUCAGAGUGUAACCUCCAUGCUGCAUUUGAGGGACUCUGUUAUUGUACUCUGCGAUUACCUUAUUUGAGUUGGGGCGAGCGCUUGCUGGCUCAGCUAUUAGCUGGUCUUAUCAUGAUAGCCAUUGGAGGAGCUGGGGCCUUCCUCAUGUACUUCACUCUCCACAUCAUUCCCAUUGCACCAUUCACCUACGCUCUAGACAAAGUGUUUCGCCUCACACCAGACCUUAUUGAUGGGAAGAAGCCUUUGCCUCUCAAGUUUGUAGGUGGUUGGCUGUUGACCUCCCCUGAGGAAGAUAUGAGUCAGCAAGUUGAGGACUACUCUCCUGGCAUAGACCCUGAGCCUCCCUCCAUGCACACCGGCAUUCAGCAGAACACUGGACGAAUCCGUAAGAACACUACACGCAGUAACAUGGGCACAACUUUGUAUGGUACUGUUGGCUCUGUGGACUCUAACCCCAUGAGAACCCCUGUCGCCACGGCAACCUACACGUCGGCAACCAAUGGAAGUAGACCGGCCGUCCGCUACAAAGGUCAAAGGAGCGCUCGACAAGAUCCCAUGUACGAGGGUUCAGAUGAUAGCAACCCAAUACUAUAGGAUACUGACAUAAUACAUUGUUACUGUAAUACUGUUGUUUGCUGCAAUUUUUGUGUUAUCGUUUGCCAUGGAUAUAAUAAAAUUAUAAUUAUUAUAAUAUUGAGCAUAUAAUACAACCAUUAUGAAAUGAGAGCAUGUGGUUAUAUUC